GCCCGAGACGGCGGAGCGGAGCAGGCCGGUGCCGGAGAGGGUAAGGACGGGAAGAGACGCGGAGGGAAGACGGGCAGUGCACGACCACCGGAGGGUUCAGGCCCGGGGUUGUAUGGCGAAACGGGUUAUUCAACCAGGGAGAAGGUUUUGAUGAAGGAUUUGAUGGUCAGAAGGUGGAUCCGUUUCAUCAACACACAAGUCCAUCAACGUUUUAGUGAACUUUAUUCUUCUUCUUUUGUUUUUGUCUUAAAUGCAUCGAUGAUAGUUUUAGUUUGAUCAUGCCUCUCGAUCUUGACUGUGACGCAGAAGCGAAGAAAACGAUUCCAGCGAUGGAACAAGAAGUGUGCGACCUCACACAGGCAAAGAAACCGAUGGAAACGCCACCACGGAGAGUCGGACGGCCCGCUCGGAAACGCAAAGCACCAGUUGUGGAUAGCUGUGGGCGUGUGGCUGAAGGCGUGGCCUUUAUGAAACAGGAGGGGUGUAACGGUGACACAGAGCUGCGGGUUUUGCAGAAAAACCUGGAACGGAAUGACUCCUCUCCUGAGUCCACCCAUCGGAAUGGCGCAGAUACGCCCCCUGGACCAGAUGAGGACUCCGCCCCUUCCACUCCAAGGAAAAAGCGAGGGCGACGGAAACUUGAACACCCGGAGAGACAUAUGGAAGACGAUGACACCAGCAGUGACACCAGCAGAGGAGAGAGCGACGGGGGCCGGCAGAGGGUCCGUCAGGGCUGGGACAUCAGUCUGAGGAGACGACCCGUACAGAGAGAGACAUUUCAGGCCGGAGACCCUUAUCACAUCAGUCGCAGAGAGAGAGAGGAGUUGCUCGCCAACUGGAAGAAAGCGAAGAAGACGUCCCCACUGGGGCCCAACUUAAGUGACACAAUGGACGACCAAUCGGCAGCGGAUUCUCAGAAAGAUGAUGAGGAUUCAGUCAUCAAUCUUCCAUCCACGGCCACACCCCAGCAGCAGCAGCACACUGACCCCGCCUCUCCAACGGUUGCCACGACGCCUGAGCCGCCUCCCGUCGCCUGUGGUAACACAGCCAUGGCGAGAACUUCAGCCAUGGAUCUUGAAUAUGAGGACGGUCAUGGGUUUGGGAUCGGAGAGCUUGUCUGGGGCAAGUUACGGGGUUUUUCCUGGUGGCCCGGGAGGAUCGUGUCGUGGUGGAUGACGAGUCGCUGUCGAGCCGUGGAAGCCACCCGCUGGGUCAUGUGGUUUGGAGAUGGCAAGUUCUCAGUGGUGUGUGUGGAAAAGCUGUUGCCCUUGAGUGCAUUUUGCACGUCAUUUCAUCAGCCCACCUUCAACAAACAGCCGAUGUACAGAAAAGCCAUUUAUGAAGUUUUACAGACGGCGAGCACGCGCGCAGGUAAGCCCUUCCCCGUCUGUGUUUCCACGGAUGAUUCUGAGUCUGGGAAGAGUGUGGAACUGCAGACGAGACAGAUGAUCGAAUGGGCCAGCGCCGGGUUCCUCCCCUCCGGUGCCAAAGGCCUGGAGCCUCCGCCAGCGGAGCGAAGCCCUUAUACGGAGGUGUAUCCUGAGAUGUGGGUGGAGCCUGAGGCUGCGGCGUACACAGCUCCACCCCCUGCCAAGAAACCAAGGAAGAACAGCGUUGAGAAACCUAAAAUCAGAGAGAUUAUAGAUGAGGGAACUCGAGAGAGGCUCAUCUGUGAGAUCAGACAAAAGUGUCGCAAUAUCGAAGAUAUCUGUAUUUCCUGUGGAAGUCUGAACGUGUCAUUAGAACAUCCUCUUUUUGGCGGAGCGAUGUGUCAGAGCUGCAAGAACUGCUUCCUGGAGUGUGCGUAUCAGUACGAUGACGAUGGGUAUCAGUCGUACUGCACCAUCUGCUGCGGAGGAAGAGAGGUGCUCAUGUGUGGAAACAACAACUGCUGCAGGUGUUUUUGUGUGGAAUGUGUGGAUCUGCUGGUGGGAGCCGGUUCUGCGCAGGUAGCGAUUCGUGAAGACCCCUGGAACUGUUACAUGUGCUGCAGUAGAAACGUCUGUGGCCUCUUGAGACGCAGAGAUGAUUGGACUUCACGUCUGCAGCUGUUCUUCGCCAACAACCACGACCAGGAAUUUGAACCACCAACAUUAUUUUCGCCAGUACCGGCAGAGAAGAGACAGCCAGUCAGAGUGCUCUCUUUAUUUGAUGGCAUUGCCACAGGGCUGCUGGUGCUGAGGGAUCUGGGCAUUCAUGUGGAGCGGUAUGUGGCGUCGGAGGUUUGUGAAGACUCUAUCACAGUCGGGAUGGUUCGACACAAGGGACGAAUCAUGUAUGUGGGAGAUGUGAGGAACGUCACACACAAACAUAUUCAGGAGUGGGGGCCGUUUGAUCUUGUGAUUGGUGGAAGUCCUUGUAAUGACCUGUCUAUCGUCAACCCUGCCAGGAAAGGGCUUUUCGAAGGAACUGGCCGUCUGUUUUUUGAGUUUUAUCGGCUUCUUCAUGAAGCUCGGCCUAAAAAUGGAGAUGAUCGACCUUUCUUCUGGCUGUUUGAGAACGUUGUAGCCAUGGGAGUCAGUGACAAAAGAGACAUCUCACGCUUUCUGGAGUGUAAUCCUGUGAUGAUCGAUGCCAAAGAAGUGUCGGCAGCACACAGAGCUCGAUACUUCUGGGGAAACUUACCUGGAAUGAGCAGGCCUCUGGCUGCCAUGGUAAAUGAUAAGAUUGACCUGCAAGACUGUCUGGAACAUGGACGCACAGCAAAGUUUGCUAAAGUGCGAACCAUCACGACUCGCUCAAACUCUAUAAAACAGGGCAAAGACCAGCACUUUCCUGUCUACAUGGACAGCAAAGAGGACAUCCUAUGGUGUACAGAGAUGGAGAGAGUUUUUGGCUUCCCCGUCCAUUACACCGACGUGUCAAACAUGAGUCGUCUCGCCAGGCAGAGGCUUCUGGGAAGGUCCUGGAGCGUGCCCGUCAUACGGCACCUCUUUGCCCCGCUGAAGGAAUACUUCGCCUGUGUCUGAAACUCCGCCCACCACGCGACGGGAUGGCUUCCCUCUCCUUCCUUAUUUGCAUUUCCAAUAACCUCCGCCCUCUUGUGUUCGUUUCGCUGGUGGCCUGUGAAUGGCUGGUGCUAUUCUUAUACUCAAACUCACUAGACAGCCACAUUUCGGAUAUUUAUUUGAGGUUUUAUGUAUGGUAUUGUCUGUUGUUUUAGACUUUUGUCAUGUUCCAGCUGCGACAACUCUUCCUCUCUCGCAAAACUGACAGAGACAUUGUGCGUUUGUCAGAUAGAGCGGGUGAAAUAUAGAGCACAAACUGUCAGACGCUCUCUGGAAACGAAAUACUCGAACAUGAUAAACCGUUCCGACUCUAAAUCAAGUGUCACACCGUGUUCUGACCAGGUGUAAGGCCAUGGUUUUUAGCAUUUUUAGCAUCGAGUUUUAUCGUUUUUAUUGAUAUAUCCAAAUUUCAGUCAGUCAAAACACAUUCGACAUCUUUAAGAGAAAUAAAAAAAAUUCUAAUUCACAUAAAAGACAUGAUGUUUGAGGACGUUUUUUUAAAUGGUAAAAAAUGUAUCUGACAAUUAAUAAAAAUGAACGCCAAAUUCUCAUACAUAAUAUUUUAGAAAUGCCUCGACAGUUUAAUUGUAAAGUGUAUCGCACUCACAUUUUUUCUGUCACGCAUAAAAAUAUGAAAUUGAAAACAUUGAUAAUUAUUACACAAAAUGUUUUGGGAGGCGAAAGUAAGUUUGGGAAUUGUCAUGAAAAUUAAGCAGUUGUUGCAAAAUCAUAAAUCUGUGUCCUGUAAUUCUCCUCAAAUUGUCUUAUGCGAGGAACAAGACGACAUAAGAAGCGAAACAAACAGCUGGUGACAAAAAGCUCACUUGGAGCACCUGGUUAGGAUACGGUGUGUCUGGAACAUGACAUUUAUUUUCACGCAUAAACACACACUUUCCAUGAGAGAGAAGCUGUGCUUGAAGAAUCAACAAUACACUGUUUACAGUUGAUAUGCUCUUUUACGGUACUACUACUAGUUACUACGGUAACUCUUCAUUAACUCAACUAACUCAACAAUGGUGCUCUCUCUCUCUCUCUCUCUCAGCAAUACCAACACAAUGCACAGCCAUAUAUAAGGCCUUUAAUGCUGGGAUUCUAUAGGGCACAUAUAGUGAGAGAGCUUUGUCAAACAACACACACACACGCUUUGUUACACACCCAUACACUCACACUGCAUACUUAAAGGUGAAGUGUGUAAUUUUUAUGAUGUUGAAAUACUUUGGUUGUUCAGAAAAGUGUAAACACUGUGGGUCUGUGGUGCUAUCAAAACAUUGCUUUGUUUGUGAAUUGGGAGCGGGGACGUCCUGUUUGUUCGACCAAUGACAGGCGACGUUAUGUAUUUGCGUUUGGAGCCGUCAGUGAGAGAAACUACGCAUGUCACCUUUAAAGUGUCACAACUUUAUUUUUUCUCCGUGAGACGGACUCUUCCUCUGUCGUCCACGUUUGCAGUCGUCUCUGAUGCAAUAUGACUCCAGCAAAUAGACGCCAAAAUCAAACCUUCCACAGAUAGAUACAGGUGGAAUUAUUUCCGUAGGAUUCGACGACAUGUUUUUUUCCGAAUGCUUGUCCAGAUACCACCACGUUUACUGUACAUUACUCUGUGUGUGUGUGUUCAGUCAGGUAUCAGGGAUGUUGUGUAGUUUCAAGACCGUGCAUGUGUCUCUACUGUUGGUGCAGUAAAUCAGUGGUGCCGCAGAAAUUCAUGGUGCAGCUUUAUGGUGCUUUGUUUCCGUUCCCUGAUUGUGUUUCGCGUUCGGUUCGGUUUUUCUCUCUCGUGAACUGUGAGAAAGGUCGUCCACACUUAGUCGGCCAUUUUUUAGUGAUGGGCAGCAUAAGGAGCCGGGAAUAUAGAUGAAAGUAUACUGGCUUUCUUUCUGUUUAUAUAUUGGAAUGUCAAUUGAAUUGGCCACACAAUGGAAUUGCACUUCAGAAAAGUUUUGCUUGACAGAGUUUUGCAUAAUUUCUAGGAAUUUAAGACUUUAGUGGGACAGUGUACCCGCUAACAAAAGUUCUGUCAUCAUUUACUCACCGAGUUUGUUCUGAUAAACACAGAGAAUUUAUCUGGAAGAAAACUUGUAACCAAACAGUUCUUGGACACCAUUGACUAUCAAUGUAGGAAGAAUUACAGUGAAGUGCCACAUUCUUCGAAAUAUCUUCGUGUUUAACAGAACAAAGACACUUAUCAAGCAAUUUUUCAUGCUAUAGUAGGAUAGCCAGUAAAAUGAAGGUUAUUUUUUAAAUAAACGGAAAUUAAAAAGAAAAUGCAAAUUAUUACAAUCUAAAUUUAUUUUUAAAAAAAUUAAUUACAAUUUACCAAAAAUUUACCAGGAAUAUUCAAUAUUCAUACGCGAAGUAUUUUUGUUUUAAUGCUUUUGAUGCUUAUUUCAAGUUCAAUGAUUCCAGUUUUUUUAACCGUCAUUACUGUAUUCAUAUUUUUACAGUAAAUGAGAAGAUAAUAAUAAAAAAUACCAUUAUUAUUAAAUGAGAAAUACCCAGAAUAAGGAAAUAAUGAGAAAUAAUAACGACAGGCGUUUUAUUUCCUAAAUUCAAGAAAUGAUCCAGAUUUAUAAUCUUAAUAGUCGUGAAACAGGUGUCACCAUCUCUUUUCAGAAGAAAAACCUUUUGAACCUUAAAAUAAAAAAUUGCUGUUUCAUUUAUAACAUGCAAAUUUCUAGUUGCGUUUAUGACGUUAUUACUGACAUAAAAUUCUGAAAGUAACAGUCUGUUUUAAUCCUGACUGAAACCUAGAUUUACUAAAUGUAAAUCAGAUUUAAAAUAGAAUUCUGCAUCCUGUUUUAUAUUCAAAAUAAAUGCAACAAUGCAUCGCAGCGGCUGCCCUUAGGAGUGCAGAUGGCUACAGUGUGGACGUCCUUUAAGGAUCAGACUGGUGUUUGGACAACAUGCUAAUCUACACACCGACUAGCGUUACCAAUCUACCCUCCUGUGGUUCUGGUAGUCUAAUGUAUGUUGUGCUUCUCGCUCAGGAUUCUGGGAAAGUGGCCCAUUUGUGUGAUGCCAUGAACCCAGGUCACACGGUGCUCCCAGACUCUUGCGGUAAGCGUGGCUUAUUUCGGUGUGACCAGAAAUUUCACACUUGGAUUACACACAAAACUGGAUUACUGUACAACUCUACUCUGCUUGCUGUUUUAUAAUCCUGUUUCCGGUCUAAGUAAACAGGAACCUGGUGCUGACGGAGAUGCUCGUUCUUGAAAAUCGAGGAUUUUGCCCCUGAAAAGGGGGGAGAGUUUAUAAAGGCAACAUUUACACAAGGAAAGGAAGCAAAUGGGGUUUUGGCUUCAUCAAAGCUUCGGAUUCAUGGCUAAUGUCGCCAGCUCAUGAAGGUUGUACAAUUUUAUUUGCAGAUUCAGAUGUGAACGGUUAUAUUACAGUCGAUUACGUGUUGAAAUAGCUUUUGGUCCACAUGUUGUAGUAAACCUCUGCUUUAGAGAAACUCAUAUUAAGGUGAAACAUCCUGUCAUUUGAACAUUUUGGAGUUGUUAUCCAAAGGUUAUAAUUGUUAUAAAGUUGUUUAAAUGAAGUGUUACAAACAGUCGUUAUUAGGAGUUAACUUGUGCACAGUAUCCCGAAAUUGUGCACAAUGUUCACGAUUCACAAUCAAGACCGUCUUUCGGAGCGAAGUCAAGUGCAUAACCACAUUCAAAAAAAGCUUUUUUCAUUGCAUUAAAUUCACAAAAUUUAGUUCUAAUGUAAUUUCGAGAGACGUAACAGUUCACAGUGUUUUAAAUGCAGGAUGCUCUUCAUUAAACGUGUGGUAGAGUCGAUUCUUUGUGGCACUGUGCCGGAUCCAACCGCUCGUAGCCUUAGAGUCUGUUCGUGUUCGUUUGGUGAAGAUUGGUAAAUCCUGUAAUGCGACGUGAGGUUUGAUUGUUUUUAGUCGAGACUUCAAUGGUAGGUGAAAUGUACAUAGUUACGUUUGCAUUUUUUAGCAUUUUAUUACGUUUCGUGUGCUGGUGUUUUCAAAUUCAUUUCGAGUAAUUCUGCCGUGAUAUUUGGCUAGUGUACGAUUAUAUGCAUGGCUGUUAUAAUAAAUAGGGUCGAAGGCGGAGCUUUGAGCCAGUGAUGUCGAAAGGCGUGUCCAACUAACGCAUCAGCCAGAGAAUCGUUUUCUAAUUUAUGAACUGUCGUGUGGGAAGAUGAUUGACAGGAGAUGAUGUUGAGACCCCUCGACCACCCGUUUUCUGCUUUAAAGGAGGCGGGGUCUCGCGUGAGGUUUUUGAAUGCGACGUUGCAGUGAAGGCGUUUCAAAAAGGUGCUAUACAAUUUAUUCUUAAAUGAGAAAAGAAUGACCGUGAAACUAUAUCGUUAAGGAAUUUAGAUUUGAUUGGUUUUGAAAAUGACUGUUUUUAAGUUGUGUAGUCUUGAAAAAGCACUAUUAUUUUACUCUUUUAUGAAUAUAUUAACAAAAGCAUUUUAACUUUGUACUUGAUAAAAAUGUAAUAGUAAAAAAGAAGAAUAAAAAUGUACAGAAUCAUGUGUUUAGCCUAGACUUUACUGUAGUGUGUGCCUCUCAGUAAAAGAAAACAAAAAACAUCCAUUCAUACCGUAUUCAUAUCCUCCCUUCAAGUCAUGUCGGAAUGAUCGUAUUUACGAGAUGAGCGCACGGGAACGUCACAUAAUUACUAUUCGAAAAUGCUGGAUUUUUUUACAGACCAAAGUUGGGUAUGUGUCUAUCAAAGAAUCUUUGUAAAUGCUGACUGUCUGUUUUGCGUACUGUCAAAAAUAAAAAGUUACAGAGCUUAUCAUUCUCUGUUAAAACACAAGAACGUUACCGUUCACAGAUAAAACAUCGGCUACGCACCAUCGCUCUUCAUUUUGUUGAGUUAUUGUCAAUAAAAAAAUUAGAAAAAUGAAAUUGCCAGAGCACAGAUAUUUUUUUGAGCAAAAUCACUCCAACGCGCAUCACAUCGUAACUACGACUUCCGCCUUCAUAACUUCCCAAGAGGACUUGAAGGCUAAAAUACUGUACACUGUAACACAACUGCUUGAAAAUGAUGGCAAAACUACAUUACCCAGCAUUCCUAUCUACAUACUCCCGCCAUGUACUCUCGCUACAGUCAUACUGUAAUGUUUGUUUUAUAUAUUAUUGUUGUUGCAUCAAUAUUUAUUGCCUACAGCCUCGUACAUCUAAAUGUCACUGGUCUCUCUCUCUCUCUCUCUCUCUUUACAAAGCCCACUUAAAUCACACGUUUAGGAUCGUUUUACUCACUCAGUUUUUAUUACACAUUAUCUGCCGAUUCACAUUUCGCGUCUUUUCCGCGCGCAUAUUCGUUACUUUAAAUGUAGACGUGCGGCAGGCGCGUGCAAAUAGAGGGCGAUGCGGUCGCGACGCGCAUGCGGCAUUUUGCCUGGCGACUCAGCGCCGCAUCGAGAUGGAAAUAGUUCAACUUUUCGGAGUGCGUACCGCGGGUAAUUUGAAGAGAGAAAGCGGCACGCGGCGCGGUUUCAGGCGCGAAAUGUGAAUCGUCCCUUAGCCUCGCUCUCUCUCUCUCUCUCUCUCUCUCUCUCAGUGUGGCUGUAGUUCUGUUGUAUUUUGAUGGUCUUUAGGAUGUUAAAGUAGCAGCUCAUCCUUCCAUAACUCUCUCUCUCUCUCUCUGUACGCAGUGAAAGGGGAGGAAGCCAAAAUAAAGGCUACUUUCCAGUGCACUUGUGCUGGGGAACACUUGAAUUAAAUGUACUGUUUUUGUGCUAAACAUGA